AUGUAUUAAAACACUUUGCAGAAUUCAAUAAAAAAGCGUGACAAAUUAACUACUUCUGACACUAAAUAUUCUAGACAAUCUUAAGAUUCAUAUUAUAUUAAAAAUAAAUAGCAAACAUAACUAGCAAUUCCAAGUUUUAGAACUCUUAUUACUUCAAGAUGCAAAACAUAAUAAACUAUUGAAAUUUAAUAUGAUAAAUCACCAAUUACCACAUAAAGAAGAAUUCUUAAAAAUAAAGACGAACUUGCAGAAAAACUUAUUCCAAGAUCAGAUGAAAUUCUAGAGAUUUAUGAUGAAUUCGAGAAAAAUUAUAACCAUGUAAAAAUGUUGAACUAAUUGACUUCCGAAUUAAAUUAUUUGGAUCAAUAGUUAUAUGAUUCUUUAAAUAAAUAAUAAUAGUCUAAUACUACUUAAGUACCUACUAUUCAAAACAACUAUCUUACUUAAUAUGAUUUAAAUUAUUAAAUGAAGUUGGAUAUUUAACGAUUUAGAUUCCAGUAUUAUAGAAUUAGAAUUAAAAAUUAAGAAUCUCCUAUUUAGAUUACAUUCUUAAGUUAAAAUACAUAAAUAAAUAGUCUACGAUCAUAUUUCUCUUUAAAAAUUGAAUUUCCAACAAAAUUUAAUGCUGAUUAUUAAGUAAACAGUAAAUCAAUUAGAAUAUUCACAAACAAUACGACUCCAUUUUUUACUGAAGACUAUUUAUUUAUGACAUUAUAUUCCCAAAAUGAUUUUUUAUGUACAGUUGUAGUCACUUUUGGAUUUGAGAGAAAAUAAAAAAUUAAUAAAUAAUAAAAAGCAGAAUCCUUAUUUGAAGAUUAUAUACCAAGAACUAAAAAACACAAAACUUAACCAAAAUAUUAUUAGCCAGAAGCUAGAUUAUAAAAUCUUCUUGACCCUGAAACAUUAUAAUAAAUAAAAUCUUAGCGUUAGACAAGAUAAUUAAAAGUUCUUAAUAAUGGAAAGAAUAUUAUUGAAGAAAAAUAAUUAGAUAAAAAGAGUAAAUUAUUUGUGAAAGAUUAAAUAAUAAAAUAUAGAGAAAUAGAAAAAAUGACCAAAUAAAAAUAUUAAUACAGAAAUGCACUUCAAAAAUUAUGGUUAAAAUGCAUUUUUACAACUAUCUUCAUUCAUAAUAUAAAUUAUAUUUUGAUGGUAAAAGCUGUUAUUAAUAAUAAUUUAGUGUUAAAAGAAAUAAAUAAGACUUGAAGCCAGAGGAAAAUUACUGGUUUGGUAAUUAUAAACAAAAUCAUUAAUUUCAGUUAAAGACUUUGGAGAAACUCCUAUUGAAAGAACAAUAUUCAAAUCAUCACUUUCUUUGAAUGUUAUUUGUAUGAUAUUAAAGAAAUCUAUUUGUUAAAAGGCAAAAAAGGUUAUUACUUCUUAUUUAUAAUCAAUAAUAUUGAAUAUUAGUGUUUUAAAUAAAUAUUAAAGAUGGAUAGCAAAAAGUAUAUUGAUAUUUUAAUUUAGUAAUUUCAAUCUAAAGAAAUUUUAGAAAUAUGAAAAGCAAAAAAAGAAAUUUUAAGGAGAAGUUAUGGAGACUUAUAAAAGAGGAGUUUGAUGAUAUAAUAUUUGAAUUUGCUUAACUUAAAGGUAUAACUUCAUAUUACGAUUAUGAAGAGAGAUCUCAUAUACAUAUAGAUACGUAUAAUUUUAUUUAAUUUUAGAGUUUUAAUGUUUUCAUUAUUAGAUGAAUAUGCUUAAAGAAAAAAAGAGAUUUGGUAAAAAUAUAUUCAUGAUACUUUUGUUGUUAAUAAUCCUAAAAAUGUAUUUAAAUUUAUUGAAAAUAGAGAUUAAUAAGUUUGGCUAUAAAUUUUAAAAAACCAUCCUUAUUCCAGUUACCAAACGACUUCGAAAUAAGAGAAAUAAUAGAAAAAUAUGCAGCUAUAAAAAAACUUAUAUGA